AUGACGGAAUGUCACACUACACUACACAUCUAUCACACCAGCAUACAAUGUGCACCGUACGAAGCUCUAUACGAACGUAAAUGCAGAUCGCUGCUUAGCUGGGUAGAGAUCGGAGAUAGACUGUUGACAACGCCCGAUAUUAUUCAGGAAACCACCAACAAGAUUUCAAUCAUCAAGGAGAGACUCAAGACAGCAAGAGACCGUCAGAAGAGUUAUGCGGAUAAUCGGAGAAAGCCGUUAGAAUUCCAAGUGAGGGAUAAAGUACUUUUAAAGAUAUCUCCAUGGAAGGGACUAGUACGUUUCAGGAAGAGAGGAAAGCUGGGUCCCAGAUACAUUGGUCCAUUUGAAAUACUCGAAAGAAUCAGACCAGUGGCGUACAAGUUGAAGUUACSACAAAAUCUAAGCGCCAUCCAUGACACGUUCCAUGUGUCGAAUCUGAAGAAAUGCUUAACGGAUGAAACAAUAGUGUUACCCCUGGACGACGUCCAGAUUAGCGAUCGGUUACACUUCAUUGAAGAACCAAUCGAGAUACUGGACCGAGAAGUUAAACGGUUGAGGAGCAAAAAAAUCCCUAUUAUUAAGGUCCGCUGGAAUGCGAAUCAUGGUCCAGAGUACACUUGGGAGCGAGAAGAUUUCAUGAGAGACAAAUAUCUGCAUUUGUUUGCAGAGAAAUCCAUUGGCAGUAGCAGUUGUUAA